AUGGAGUCCUAUGAAAAAUGCUUAAAUUUUAUCAAGUCGAAACCCAACCGUGAACACGUCCUACUUAACUGGUUAACCUGGUGGUACAGCAGGCGAUCUCACGUAUUUCCAGAAUUCCGUCCUCUGCACGGCGUCCCAAGUACAAACUUGGCCGAUUCAUUUAACUCUAUCUGGUCCAACAGUGAUAUCAACAAUUUAUCGCUUGUCGAUGCUGCUUACUAUGACACAGUAGAAUCAAUGAUGCUGGAGACAGAAUUUGAAUGUUUCAAGGCAGGAACAUUUAAGGGAGGAGACGGCCCAGACUUUCAUACCAGAGAACAAAAAGAGCGCGUUGAACAAAUGCGACGUGCAAGAGUAUACGCAGAAGAAAUUCGAAAGGGAGGCGAAACCAUUUCCGAAGGUCAAAAUUCUCGUCAGAACGCUUCGGACUCUUUUACUCCAACGAGCUGUUCACAUCGGCCUGACAAAAGAAGUAGUUCCAGCGAACGUACUUCCUUUAAGAAACAUAAAGGGUCUCAACAAAGGGAAGCGAAAUGGCGGCAAACAAGAAGCAAAGUAUUUCAACAAAGCUUGAAGAAGGCGAAAAACGAGCCUUUCCAGUUAGUUUCGGCAAAUCUUGGAAAACAUGAAUUUAUGGUAUAUUCCGUCAAUUCUAGGAACACUUACCUUGUUUCAGUGACAACUACCCCGCAUUGUGAAUGUCCCUUUUAUAUUGUUAAACAGAACAACACUCAGAAAAUAUGCAAACAUAUACUAUGGGUGUAUUUGUUUGUGUUGGAGAUCCCCGAGGAGAGUAAACUAAUUAACCAAGUAGCGCUACUAGAAUCUGAAAUACUGGAGCUAACAUCUAACGCUCCAGCUGUAAUCCCUCCCCGACUAUUCAGACCAUCUUCAACAACAAGUGGGUCUUUCGCUCAUAACACACAUUCAUCGGCAAGUAACAUGCCAUCUACUUCAACAGCAAACAUCUCUAGUGGUAAAGUACCGAAGAUGACGAAUGACGAGAUCAAUGGUUUGUUUGAAAAUUCGCCUCUUAACACCGCUCCUCAAGUUUGGACAGCAAUGAAGAAAAUUGGCAAGGGAAAACAACCAUCUUGUGCGGGGUGCAGAAGCAGCAAAAUACUUCCGGGAAGAAUUUGCAUCCACGUGAGCGGUUUGUAUGUACCACAAAACUGCAAUUUCUGCGUGAGCAGGAACUUCUAUUUUUGCGCAAAUUUAAACUGUGUUUCAAAAAAGCCGCUGGCGUCAAACUUAAUAUGCCCUCCAUUUCAAGUGCUCGUUGGUGAGGGGACUGCAUUAAGCCUGCAAGAGUAUGAAAUGUUGGUGGAGAGGGGUUUGCCCAUGGCGUAG